AUGCGUCCUCGGAGGUUGCAAACGUGCCUCUCGCUGCUGCUGCUGCUGCUGUGCGGCGGCUGCAGACCCGCAGUCUCCAGGAGGGCCGAGGAACCGGCCCCGGGUCCCUCUCGCGGCCGGUUCGUCAGCCCGGAGGGGCACGCUUGCAGCUGGCAGCUCCUGCUGCCCGCCCCGGGGCCCGCCGAGCUGGCCCUGCGCUGCCGGGGUCCCGACGGGGCGCACCAGGCGUGCACCUACCGCGGGGCGCCCGAGCGCUGCGCCGCCUACCCCGCCCGCCGCGCGCUCUACUGGAAGCAGGUGCUGGGCGCCCUGCGCAGGAGGCGGCGGCCCUGCCAGGACCCCGCGCCGCUGCGGGCCCGCCUGUGCGCGGGCAGGAAGGGCCCGGGAGCCGAGCUGCGCCUGCGGCCCGCCGCGCCCCCUCCGGCCGGUUUGUCUCGGGAGCCCAAGGCCCGGGCCCGAAGCCGCGGGCGGCCCCGCCAGGCCCAGCCGGAGCGCGCCCAAGGGGCCCCGCCUUCCCCGCCCCGGGAGAAGCUCCCGCCGCGGCCGACGCAGGUCGGGAAGAAGAAGGCGGUGGUGGCCUCGGACCCCGAGCACCCCCCAGCGCGGGGGACCCCGGCCGACCCCGACGGGCUGGACGGGAACGCGCAGCUCGCCGGCACCUACUGCGCCGAGAAGUGGCACUCGCUCUGCGACUUCUUCGUCAAUUUCUGGAACGGCUGA